AUGGGAAACUUCCGCCUUCCCAGUCUAAUCGGUCAUGACAAGCAGGAGUAUGACACGCCGCCAGAUGAUUCCAAAAUCCAACUGGUCGCAGAAACCACGGUUGCGAUCUCAUACGCCACCUUUACAAGCCCGACAAAGAUAACACCUAACUUGGAGGGUAUAGCCGGUGGAUUUAAGGCUGAUACCACCGAGAUGAUGGAGGGGUUAAAUGUAGAAUCGUUGAUUCAACGUGUUACUGCUGCCAACUUUGUGACUGAGCUUCCACGCGGACAAGAAUUCUACUCUUCAUAUCAAACGUUUAGCUAA